AUGUUCCGGGGUGCUUUUUCUUACAUCCACGCUCACGCAUGCCUCCUCAGGUCCGCUGAGCUGACCAAGCUGGCAGCGAAUGCGUUUCUUGCUCAGCGCAUUUCAUCAAUCAACGCUAUCUCCGCCCUGUGCGAGUCCACUGGGGCUAACGUCUCAGAAGUGGCUUACGCCAUUGGAAAAGACACCCGCAUUGGCUCCAGAUUCUUGCAAGCCUCUGUUGGUUUUGGUGGCUCCUGCUUCCAGAAGGACAUUCUGAACCUUGUCUACAUUUGCGAGUGCAAUGGAUUGAUGGAGGCUGCUCAUUAUUGGAAAUCGGUGAUUGACAUCAACGAGUACCAGAAGUCAAGAUUCAUCAGCAGGAUCGUGUCCUCCAUGUUCAACACCGUUGUCAACAAGAAGAUCGCUAUUCUCGGGUUUGCCUUCAAGAAAGACACAGGAGACACCAGGGAGAGCCCUGCCAUAGAUGUUUGCCAUGGGCUUCUCAGGGAUCAGGCUGACGUCAGCAUCUAUGACCCACAAGUGACUGAGGAGCAGAUCAGGCGUGACCUGUCCAUGAACAAGUUUGACUGGGACCAUCCGUACCACCUGCAGCCAGUCAGCCCAAGAGUCCACCAGAAGGUUUCGGUGUCAUGGGAUGCAUAUGGAGCGUGCAAGGGUGCUCAUGGAAUCUGCAUUCUCACAGAGUGGGACGAGUUCAAGACGCUGGACUAUCAGAAAAUCUAUGAGCACAUGGAGAAGCCAGCCUUUGUUUUUGAUGGCCGCAACAUUGUGGAUGUGGCAAAGCUGAGGGAGACUGGCUUCAUCGUGUUUGCUAUCGGACACGCGCUAGACCCCUGGGUGAAGGAUCUUCCUUCCAUGCACUAG